AUGGGACUGGAACAAAUUCUCACUCUGCUGACCACCGUGGCCUGUGGGUUCCUGCUUCUCCUCCAAGUUCAGGGCCAGGACUCAGCCAGUCCCAUCAGGACCACACACACAGGCCAGAUACAAGGCAGCCUCAUCCACAAGAAGGGCCUAGAUGUGGGUGUCCACAGUUUCCUGGGAAUUCCCUUUGCCAAGCCACCUGUAGGAUCACUGCGCUUUGUACCCCCAGAGCCACCUGAACCAUGGAGUGGUGUGAGGAAUGGGACCUCCUAUCCGGCCAUGUGUCUGCAGGACAUCACUGCAAUGAAUAUGCAAGCUCUUAAGCUGUUGAAGAUGACCUUGCCGCCCAUCCCCAUGUCUGAGGACUGCCUGUACCUUAACAUCUAUACACCAGAUCAUGCCCAUGAAGGUUCCAACCUACCUGUGAUGGUGUGGAUUCAUGGUGGUGCACUGGUUAUAGGCAUGGCUUCCUUGUAUGAUGGAUCCAUGCUGGCAGCCAUGGAGGAUGUGGUGGUGGUCACUAUCCAGUACCGCCUGGGUAUCUUAGGUUUCUUCAGCACUGGAGACCAGCAUGCUAGAGGCAACUGGGGCUACCUGGACCAAGUAGCCGCCCUACGCUGGGUCCAGCAGAACAUCGCCCACUUUGGAGGCAACCCUGACCGGGUCACUAUUUUUGGAGAGUCUGCAGGAGGCACUAGUGUGUCUUCACAUGUUGUGUCCCCCAUGUCAAAAGGACUCUUCCACGGAGCCAUCAUGGAGAGUGGGGUGGCCCUGAUGUCAAGCCUCAUCUCAAAAUCCUCUGAGGUAGUCUACAGAGUGGUUGCCAACCUGUCUGGAUGUGAGCAGGUGGACUCAGAAGCCUUGGUGAACUGUCUACGAGACAAGAGUGAAGAGGAGAUUAUGGCAAUUAACAAGGCCUUCAAGAUCAUCCCUGGCAUAGUGGAUGGUAUCUUUCUGCCAAGGCAUCCCAAGGAGCUGCUGGCCUCCGCUGACUUCCAAUUUGUCCCCAGCAUUAUUGGUGUCAAUAAUGAUGAGUAUGGCUGGAUCAUCCCCUCAAGCAUGAGCACCACUGACUCCCAGAAGGAAAUAGACAGACAGACCAUAAAAGCUAUCCUGCAGAGAAGGGCAGCACAGAUGAUGUGGCCUCCUGAAUUUAGUGACCUGCUGAUGGAAGAGUACAUGGGGAACAAUGAGGACCCUCAGCUUCUCCAAGGGCAGUUCAAGGAGAUGAUGGAAGACUUCAUGUUUGUGAUCCCUGCACUGCAAGUAGCACAUUUUCAACGUUUCCAUGCCCCUGUAUACUUCUAUGAGUUCCAGCAUCGGCCCAACUUCUUCAAGGACUCCAAGCCAUCCGAUGUGAAGGCUGACCAUGGUGAUGAGAUUCUCUUUAUCUUCAGAUCAUUUUGGGGAGGCACCCAAGUUGACCUCACUGAGGAGGAGGAGCUACUGAGCAGGAUGAUGAUGAAGUACUGGGCCAACUUUGCACGACAUGGGAACCCCAACAGUAAAGGUCUGCCCACCUGGCCCAUGUUUGACCAUGAUGAGCAAUACCUGCAGCUGGACAUCCAGCCUGCUGUGGGCCGGGCCCUGAAGGCCAGAAGGCUGCAGUUCUGGACCAAGACUCUGCCCCAGAAGAUCCAGGAGCUAAAAGAGGUUAAAGGCAGUCACGGAGAGUUGUAG